AUGCAAGUUGAGUUUGCCACGGUGGUAUGUGAAUGAAUUAGUUUAUAGUGAGAGUAGAACUGCGCCGCAUCUACCGAACUCCCAUUCCCCCCACGCUCCCGCAUCAAACAGGAAUGGCCGAACACGCGGCAGCAGUGCGCAGAAAUGACGCCAGCUCUCAAGUUGCGGCUCAUUCGACGAGAUCCGGCCACACAUUCCGAUUCGAUGAGGCCGAAAUUCUUGCAAGAGUUUACAACCGCGUGAACCGGGGGCUACUUAAAUCAUGGUUUACUGGCCCCAGUCCAUCAACAAGUGCAACGAUAUUCCCACUCAAUACUCCGUGCUAAAACUUCGCAUAGGCCGAGUAAUAAGUCAUGCAGUUAGCGCAGAGGUGAACACUUUUCCCAACACCGGGGUCGGUACGUCAGAUGGUCGAGCAUUCAUCACGCCAACAUCCAACGCACGUGAUGAAAUUGCAGCAAUUAUCGACUCGACUGUCGGCCAUCAAGCAAUGAUCACACUAAGGGCGACGAUAUCGAAUGAAGGGGGGAGCCGUGAAUGUUCAAAAGUAUGCGGUAGCAUGGCUACUACACCCUAUAAAUACCGCAGCCCCUUGUGCAACAACCACCCAUUUCUGCUUUUUUGUCUCUGAUGAUGUAUUUGAGCAGGAAUUCGGAAUGCCAGGCUAAUGAAGCUCUUGGCCUAUCGAUUGUGUCUCCUUCUUUAAAACAUUGCUCAAAUUUCACAAAUAACUAUCUUUGCAGAAUUUCGCUUUGAUAUGUUGCUUUUAAUGAGGGAACGGUAUUCAAUUUCUAAGCAAUGUAAACGCUGAAAAACAUGUGAUAUUUACAGUCACGCUGAUUUUUUUGGUAUAUUUUUGCAGUUGCCAUCUACUUGCGAUGACUGCAAACUAUCGUCUCCGAAUGUGAUUCGCUUUUAAAAUUUUGCAUAUAUGUUUUCACCAGUGAGAUUGUUCUUAUCGUUAACAAACUUGAUUGCAGCAGUCGAAUCAACACUUUGUCAGAAGGAGGCAACAGAGGAUACUAAGAGGCUCAUCGGACACCAAAUGUGUCGUCUCUCCUGAUGGUCCACAGGCCGCGGGAAGUGCUUUCCAAGGUCGAGCGUAAUGCGCUUAGAUAGCUUAAGGCCGACAAAGACCUGGUCAUCGUGCCAGCGGACAAAGGACGCGCCACAGUUGUACUGGACAGGACAGACUACCUUCAAAAAACCAAAGGUUUACUGGAGGACCGACAGAUCUAUGUCCCAUAUGCAACGAACCCUUUAAAGGCGCUGACACGCGGAAUUAAUGCUACGUUGUUGGCCUUGGAGAACUCAGGUGCAAUAACACCGACUGACACACGCAUGGCGAGACCCCAAGAUACGGCUUCAGCCCGACUCUAUGCCCUCCUUUAGGUGCACAAAGUCGACGCUUCUCUCCGACCCAUCGUGUCGCUGAAAGAGACUCCAAAGUACGGACUGGCUAAGCGGCUGUUCCGGCGUCUUAAUUUCCUGACAGCUGAGACAGACACCACUGUCUCUUCGUCAGCACAAUUCCUGGAGAAACUCAAAGGGGUAAGCAUCCAUCCAAAUGAGGUCAUGAUAUAUUUUGUUGUUACAUCCCUUUUUACGUCUAUUCCCCAGGACCUGCCGAUCGAGACAAUUGAGCUGCUACUACAAAGCAAAUACGAUGAAACUGAGAACCGUCUAGGGCACACCCGAGUCGUUCAGCUCUUGAAGCUCUGUCUCAUGACGUACUUCACUUUCGACGGGACAUUCUGCGAACAGGCGAAGGGCACAUCAAUGGGUUCGCCGAUUUCGGGAUUCAUCGCCGAAGCGGUUCUGCAACGGUUAGAGUCGCUGAGCUUCCAAACGACAGACCGAAAUUCUGGGCCGGUAUGUGAAUGACACCUUCGUCGUCAUCGAACGGGAUCAGGUGCUGACAUUCCAGGAACAUCUCAACGGCAUCUUCCGGGACAUUCAAUUUACGAUGGAGGAGGAAGAGAACAACCAGCGGGCCUUUCUGGAUGUCCUCGUAUGCCGCAAAGAUUGUGGUGGACUAAAAACCAAAGUGUUCAGGAAAGCGAUAAAUACGAUGCAAGUUCUGAACUUCAACUGUAACCACCCAACCAGCCACAAACGCAGUUGUGUAAGGACGCUCCAUCGGCGUGUCGAAACGCACUGCAGUGAGCCAGAAGACAAAAUUGCUGAACUACAAUACCUCCGACGGGUCUUCAAAGCCAAUGCCUACCCGCGCAACUUCGUCGACCGAUGCAUACGCAAAAGGGACGAAAGACAUAACCGCACGGACACCAAAUCUUGCUGGGCUCUUCCGUAUGUCAAGAACGUUUCUGAAGCUGUCGGCCGCCUUCUCGUACCAAUAGGAUUUGAAGUUGCACAGAGACAAGAUGCAAUAAUCAGGCGUCUGGCCAUGAAACCGAAAGACCCACUGCCACGGCUAGAAACGGCUGGAGUGGUUUAUCGGAUCUGGUACAGUUGCGGACAAAGCAAAUACGUCGGACAGACCGGAAGACAGCUCCGAACGAGAAUGGCCGAACACGCGGCAGCGGUGCGCAGAAAUGACGCCAGCUCUCAAGUUGCGGCUCAUUCGACGAGAUCCGGCCACACAUUCCGAUUCGAUGAGGCCGAAAUUCUUGCAAGAGUUUACAACCGCGUGAACCGGGGGCUACUUAAAUCAUGGUUUACUGGCCCCAGUCCAUCAACAAGUGCAACGAUAUUCCCACUCAAUACUCCGUGCUAAAACUUCGCAUAGGCCGAGUAAUAAGUCAUGCAGUUAGCGCAGAGGUGAACACUUUUCCCAACACCGGGGUCGGUACGUCAGAUGGUCGAGCAUUCAUCACGCCAACAUCCAACGCACGUGAUGAAAUUGCAGCAAUUAUCGACUCGACUGUCGGCCAUCAAGCAAUGAUCACACUAAGGGCGACGAUACCCUAUAAAUACCGCAGCCCCUUGUGCAACAACCACCCAUUUCUGCUUUUGUUGUCUCUGAUGAUGGAUUUGCGCAGGAAUUCGGAAUGCCAGGCUAAUGAAGCUCUUGGCCUAUCGAUUGUGUCUCCUUCUUUAAAACAAUACUUAAAUUUCACAAAUAACCAUCUUUGCAGAAUUUGGCUCUGAUAUGUUGCUUUUAAUGAGGGAACCGUAUUGAAUUUCUAAGCAUUGUAAACGCUGAAUAUCAUGUGAUAUUUACAGUCACGCUGAUUUUUUGGUAUAUUUUUGCAGUUGCCAUCUACUUGCGAUGACUGCAAACUAUCGUCUCCGAAUGUGAUUCGCUUUUAAAAUUUUGUAUAUGUUUUCACCAGUGAGAUUGCUCUUAUAGUCAACAAACUUACCUUUAAUCAUAAAGAGAUCAAAUAUGCAACAGCGAAACGGGAAAUCAUGCAGAAUCAUUUGGCAUUGGAAAUUGAUCAUGUUGUUCGCAAAUCGUUGCCGUAUAAUUGACAUUCUUAUCAAUAAACAAUUCCGAAUGUUCUUAAUAGGUCGUAGGUUGAUUUUCAGCGACUUGGUCAGUAGAUGGGCUUAGAGUACUGAGUGUCGUGCAGUAGACAGUCCUUACGAACUAAGUCAAAUCUAGCGUCAUUGUGCAUGUGCUUAUGAAAUACUCAGGGAUUUUUUAUUCUCUAAUCAGUGAGUAUAUAUUCAGAUAUCCUCUUUAUGUUGCCGUAACUUGCUAAUAUAUGUAACUUGGUGAUGUUUGACUGUAAGACAUUCACAUCAUGCCUUUGACUAUUGGACCACUGCUGCCGACCGUGUACGUCAUGUGCUACAUAAAUAAGUUGAGUUUGCCACGGUGGCAUGUGAAUGAAUUAGUUUAUUAUAUAUUAGUUUAGUGUACAGCUGCGCUGUUUAUAGCGCACUCCCCCUCCCUUCCCCCUUCCUCACCCAAAAUCGUCAACAAGACAUAGUCAAGAAGACCGGAGGGGGGAGAGGUUACAGCUGGCUGGUACGGUUGCACCUGCACCAAUGCGUACUACCAAACCCCUGAUACAAACAAAUACUUAACCAGAGUUCUAACCAACAGCAAGGUCACAGCGGGUCAGAGUGACGAUGAGGAUGACUGGGCGGCCAUGAUCACGGCUUGCAGAUCCUGACACAGGAGAUGCUGACAAUUGAGAUUUGAAAAUGCAAAAUAUCCGCGUCCCCCUCGUUUUCACAGUCUCCAACACCGGGAGCUCUAACGGUUCUUCCUUCCCUCCUCCUGCCCCACGGCCUACCAUAACUAGGUGCCCACCCCUCUCACACAUCAGCUGUCUGUUUGUCGUUGCCGACCUAGACUGCCGACUUCACCUUCUCUCUGUUCAUUUCUUCUGACGACGGGUCGGUGUCACCGAUUUGAAAAUUUACGAGUACAACUAAAUUUUCCAAAGACCCUUCACUUUAUCAUGUGCAUAUAUAUAUUGGCAGAAUGGUAGUAGCGGCGAAGAUAAGGGAGACUGGAAUGGCCAUUUGUGGCUUAUUAGCCAUCGUCAGGCGACCAUUCUCAAGCCCGAAGUGUGGAGCACCCGAGCCUUGAACUCACGAGCUGUUGGUUUAAACGUCCAAGCCCCUACUCACCGGGCAUCGAUCUCGGGUUCUUUACACUUCGUGCUUUGGUAUGGCUGGCUGACGACGGCUGAUAAGCCAGAAAUGGCCAUUUCAGUCUCCCUUGUCUUUGUCGGUAUUACGAUUCUGCCUAUAUAUCAUGCACCACUGUGCGGCUGCUGGUUGGGUUCCAGAAAGACCCCUUAAGGCACAACGGAACGAGUGAGUUCCGUCUAAACCAUCGGUGAGCGCCUCCUAUCAUUAUGUAUACAGGCGCACACCGAUAUGUUGUCUUCACGAAGCAAACAAACUCCGUAUGUGUGGCAAAGGUCACGAACAUGCAACCGAUAACCGGGUCAAUUCAUAAUAGCAGCGAGGGGGUAGGACGGAUAUUGCGUGUAGUUUGAUACAGUUCUCUUUCGGGCUUAUUGUCCCUUCCUUCUGCCAAUCAUUACACUGACCAACUUCUUAGGCUUCAUACUGCAUUCCCGACACGAAUAUUAACUCAGUGCCUUAGCACUUAUUUCGCCGAUGUUUCUUCCGCAACAUGACGCAGUGACCAGUUAUUCCUUCCCACAAUGGGUUAUGUCCUGGACAGUUUUCUCUACGUUACUUAAUUUAUAAUUUAUUAAGUCAUUUUUCCAAAUACCCUUACAUAUACCGUAGGUGCUGACUUUUUCAUUAUUAUCCGAAAUCACAAAUGGGCUUUUAAUUCGAAUAUAUUUUACCAUGUUAACUUAAUACAUCGACAUUUAGCAAAAUGCCCAGAAUUCAUUGGUGUGUUCAAAUACGCCUCCUGAUGUAUGCUGAAAGCGUCAAACUUGCCACAUUGCUGCAAUUCUUUCUCUCACCGUCUUUCUGGUAAGGUAGACGAUGCUGUCAAUAGCCGAGAUCCUGCAAUUGCAACAGGCUUUUGUCUGCUUUCCGGCUCAAUGUUUUUGGAGCACGGUUUCCAUUUAACUGACCUCAGUUGUAAAGAACUGGAUGAAGGUUGUCAUCAGGAUUAAAUCAUAUCAGUCACUAUAGCCAAUAAUGCGAUGGUCACAAGAAAAGCAGUCGAACAAUACUAUGCCGCCGGAAUAUCUAACUCGGGUUGAAAAUAUUUCGAUCCGUUAUAAUUGGCUGAAUGAAGGCACAAUAAGCCCAAACUGUACUGUAUCAAUUUUCCCACAUUCUCUGUUCUCCCUCAUCGCUGUUAUUAUGACUUGGUCGACUUCGCCCUGGUAAUUGGUUUCUUGUUCGUGACCUUUGACACACUUACGCAGCUUGUUUGCCUCGUGAAGCCAAUAUAUCUCUGCGCGCCCAUUCGUGAUUGAAUAUAUAUAUAUAUAUAUAUAUAUAUUUAUAUAUUAUGAUAUAGGGCGAUCACCGAUCAGCUUACGGAACAUGCUCGUUCCGUUGUGCCUUGGGGCUCAUACUUAAACCCUCGCAGGCAGUCGCCCAGCGACUAGUGAUAUAUGUUGGAAAGGUAAUACCGACAAAGACAAGGG